AUGAAACCCACCACAUCUUCAACUUUGUCUCGGGGUAAAAGGUCUCCGAGCGCUCUCCGGGAGUCCCGGCCCCGGAAAAGGGAGAAAUAUACAAGAAGGGCCUGCUCUUUAUGCAAGAUACGUAAGGUCAAGUGCAGCGGAACUCAACCUUGCAGCCGGUGUGACGAGCUCCGUAGCGAAUGUACCUACAACGAGCCAUUUCAGUCUGACCAUGACGGCUUCGACCCACAGCCGGCCCACCAGGACCUUGAAUCCACGGUCUUGCGAAUGAAUAGGAUUUGUGAACAAAUGCAGCAAUCGAUGGGGCGCUUUGGCCUGGUUCAUCCACGCGGGGCCUACCUACAACGAAGACACUGGAGUGACGAGCUUCCUCGACCGAGCAAACCCCUCGCUCAUACGGACUUUCAAUACACCUUGAACCUCACGCAGGACGCUAUGAGAGCAAGAGACCUCACACCUCCUCAAGACUCCGCAAGUGGACAUCAUUCGGUCGCUGAUGACGAAUUGAAAUACCCCGAUACUUUGAUCACUUUACUGCAAGCCGCACGACCCAUCUUGGAACUUGGCCACGAGAAGGUCACUCAGCUCUUUACAAUAUUCAAAGACGAGGUCUACCCUAUAUAUCCUUGCAUCAGCCUGGAAUUGGGCUAUGGAGCUAUCGACGUCAUCUUUUCACAUUUGACGCAUGCUGCCACCGGAGCUACUUCCAAGCUGGAUAUGAUCGAUGUAGAGCUCACGAAAUCAGUUUUAGCAAUCGCCUUGCUUGUCAGAGGUGAGACACAGAAUGUCCUAGCCGUUGACCUCGAAGCCCAAUUGGCGUGGAGUGUAGAUUCUUGUCUCGAUCAAGAGAAGCCUCAGGUUGAGGAUGUCGUCAUGGCAACUCUGCUGUCAGUCUAUUUAGAUCUCAAGCAAAGACCCGUCAAGGCAUGGCGAAUGUCUGGUGUCGCCGCUAGAUUGUGUCUCGAGCUCGGUCUACAUCGAGAAAAGUUCUUUGAAGAUGUCAAGGCGCUUCCACAGCGAAUUAUCGACUGGAAGCGCCUCUUUGCUUGUGUGUAUCGCAUAGACAGAAAGUGCAGCUUCUAUUCCGGUCUGCCGUGGACACUCCAUGACAGAGACCUCGAUGCCUCUGUACUUAGGAUAGAACCACAAGGAUCUUAUCUAUCAACCAUGAUCUCUUUGGACAGUAACCUCUCCGAGAUAUGGACUCUCGUCAACGCUCCGUCAUCGCAGACAAAGAAUAACGCUGAACGGAUUGAAUUCCUCACCUUUCAAUUACAGAAACUCGUUGACAAAAUACCAACAGAGGACUUUGUGUCUCCAGAGCCAACCGUAAUCCCACCAGCAUGGUUACAGACUGGACUGAAACACUUCUGCCACCUCCGCGUGCACCACAUCAGAAUCCUCACACAGAUCGGCGCCUUCGGUUCACUGCGGGAUCUUAUCUCCCUACCAGCAUCAGCCAAAUCUCUCUUGACGGCUGCUGCGAAGUCGGUCGACCUACAUUCCAGAAUGGCGGAUGCUGGUGAAAUCAGCCCAUUCUUGUUGCCGACGGCGGUCAAACUGCUUCUAACCUCUCUAUCCAUCAUGCUCUUCAGUGUCUCACAUCGUCCAGAAGAAUACGGACCGAUGUGUAGCAAGCCCUUUCAAACGGCGAUCAUUAUACUGCAUAACUUACAGAACUGUGUCAAAGACCUGGAUUCGAAGAUCUUUAGCACGUUGGAGGUAUUGGAGAAAAUUGCUGGAAUUAAUGAGGCGUCACACUCUAAGACAUUGGCGCCCGUGUUCAAUCGCAAGGAAAGCACCCGCAACAACGUCUAUCAAGGAGAAUCCUUUGGUGAAGGGACCUUGUUUGACGAGCUCCCCACGCCAGAUUCAGAAUUGUUCAGUCUAUUAGGAGAUGUCGGUAUGGCGGCUACUGACAUGUUACAUUUCGAUGAUAUAUUUGGGUAA